GAGGGACUUCCGCCGGGAGCCGGAAGCGGGUCUCUCAUGCGAGCGGGUGGUUGAGUCUCGGCUCGGAGACGUUUCGGGCCCCGGAGCCGCCGCCGCCGCCUCCUCCUCCGCGCCCCCCCCCCCCUCCCCGCUGUGCUGCCGCCGCCCGCGCCUCCCUCCCGGCCCCCGCCCCGCUCUCCGCUCUCCUCCUCCCGGCAUCCGGCGGCGGCGAGGCCCCGGCGGCGGCGGCGGCGCAGCGAGAGGCCCCGGCGCCAGCGGAAAGCCCGGUAGGAGCGAGAGGCCCCGGCGCCGGCGGAGACUCUCCCCUCUGUGCCCGCCCGCCUUCUUCCCGUCGAGGCCCGGCCCGAGCGCGGCGGCGGCUGCUGGUGACAGCUUACAAAGGUGACCAGCAAAGUUCUCUCUGAGCAGCCAAAAAGCAGACAGCUCAUGACUUCUGAUCAGGACACUAAAGUUGUGGCUGAACCGCAGGUGCAGCAAGUACAAGAAGUUAAAGACGGUUCUCAUCUAGAGUCAACCAAGGUUUCUGAGUUAAACCCUAAUGCAAAGGUGUGGGGAAAUCAUAUGUUACACUUGGAAGCAAGUGGUGCCACUGAUGGUAGUGUGAGCAAAACGUGGGAAGAAAUACCUGACCAACCUCCAGAUUCUUGUAAAGAAGGACUGGAUGCCAAUGGUGAUGGAGACAAAAAGCAUCAGAAUGCAGUGCUGACAGAGCUGCCGGAGCCAUCACCAACUGUUUCGGUGUCAGACCAGACAGAUAUGAACCCUUUGGCUCUCGAUCAUUCUGCGUAUGAAUCUAUGCAUGAAACCACCCAGACAGGUGGAAACGAACAGUUGCAGCCAGAAGGUCAGGAAGAUUUACGAGAAUCACUGAAAAAAACACUGGAAUUCUGUUUAUCUAGAGAAAAUCUUGCCAGUGACAUGUACCUUAUAUCACAGAUGGACAGUGAUCAGUAUGUGCCAAUAAUGACAGUAGCAAACCUUGAUCAUGUCAAGAAACUCAGUACUGAUAUGGAUUUGAUUGUUGAAGUGCUGAGAUCGUUGCCUUUAGUCCAAGUGGAUGAGAAGGGAGAAAAAGUUAGGCCAAAUCAGAAUCGCUGUAUUGUGAUUUUACGUGAAGUACCUGAAUCUACCCCCAUUGAAGAGGUUGAAGCACUUUUCAAAGGAGAUAAUUUGCCUAAGUUUAUCAACUGUGAGUUUGCCUAUAAUGACAGUUGGUUCAUCACGUUUGAAUCAGAAGCUGAUGCACAGCAGGCUUACAGAUAUCUUAGAGAAGAAGUGAAAACUUUCCAAGGAAAACCGAUUAAGGCAAGGAUAAAAGCAAAGGCAAUAGCUAUAAACACAUUUUUGCCAAAGAAUGGAUACAGACCUCUGGAUAUGAAUCUCUACACACAGCAGCGUUACACAACAUCCUUUUACUUACCUCCGGUGUACAGUCCUCAUCAGCAGUUUCCGUUGUACAGCUUAAUUGGCCCACAGACCUGGUCAGCCACGCAUAGCUACCUUGACCCUUCAUUGGUAACACCAUUUCCAAAUACUGGAUUUAUCAAUGGGUUCACAUCUCCAACCUUCAAGCCUGCUGCUUCUCCACUGACCACACUCAGACAAUAUCCUCCCAGAAACAGGAAUCCUAGCAAGUCUCAUAUACGACAUACAAUACCCAGUGCAGAAAGGGGACCUGGGCUUCUAGACAGUCCUACAAUAUUCAACUUUUCUGCUGAUCGUUUAAUCAAUGGCGUCAGGAGUCCACAGACGCGGCAGCCGGGACAAAACAGGACACGGAUGCAGAAUGCUACUACAAGUUAUACCAAGAGGGAAGUAGGAACUGGACGGAUGGAACAGACCAGUGUUGACUCGUCUCCUGGAUUGGGUAGAGGAAGGAAAAACUCAUACGGCUACCGAAAGAAAAGAGAGGACAAGUUUACAAGAGGCCAAACACAGUCUCCACCACCCCCAAAACCUCCAUCUCCUAGUUUUGAAUUGGGUUUAUCUAGCUUUCCUCCGUUACCUGGGGCUGCUGGCAAUUUAAAGACCGAAGACCUCUUUGAAAACAGACUAUCCAAUGUGGUAAUAGGACCGUCAAAAGAAAGAAACAUUAAUGUGGAUGCAAGUACAAACACUAUCCCAUCGGGUAUUCCUCGAGAGCCAUUGUUGCCAGUUUCUUCUACAUUGCCCAGGACGUUUGAAAGGUCUCCUUCGCCAUCCCAGUCUUCUGAGGACUCCAAGGUUGUGGAUAAACAGCAGAGAGAGACACAGAGUACAGAAAGGCUUUCUUCUUCCACACUCAGUACUGCAUGUAAAUCGGUACAAGUCAAUGGGGCUGCCAUAGAACUGCGAAAGCCUAGCUAUGCAGAAAUUUGCCAGAGAACAACUAAGGAUCCUCCUACAUUGCAACCCCAGAAAGAACAGAAGCCAAACACUGUAGCAUGUGGGAAAGAAGAAAGAAAGCCCACAGAAACAAUAGAGAAAAACAGAGAACCUCCUCCUGCGAAGUCACAUCCUGGGCAACCCAAAGACCAGAGGAGACAGUCAGGACGCAGAUCGUCCCCUCCAGCCGUUGGCAAACGCUUAAAUAAAGAACAGAAUACCCCUCCAAAAUCUCCUCAGUGAAACUAACACCUAGGAGGGAUUCAAAAAGAGGUCUGCUUCCCACAAAUUAAACCCAUGUUCCCACUAAGAUAUCUGAGAAUGAGUUGCUGGUUAGGAGCUUGCAGUGAUACUAGGCAUAUAACAAUGCCUGCAAGUUAUUUUUCUGUGAAAUAUUUUCCCCUCUUGAACAAACAUUCUAUUUUUUCUGGAUAUUUCUGGGUAGUUGUUCUAAACCUUACAUUUAGGUUGGUGCUUAAUUGGAGGUGAAGCUUAGUGUGAUUAUUUUUUUUCAAGAUGUAAAAUAUUUGUCUUUAAAAAAAAUCAACUUUUUAUUAAGCCUCUCUGUGGCUGUGUGAGUGCAAGCUCUGUAUAGUGAGUUUUUUCUAAACUGUUAAGCAGAAAUGUGCUGCUGCAAUAUUUUUAAUGAACUGGUCUGCAAGUACAUAUCUAAAGUGUCCAAAAGACUGAUAACGGCAGCUAGUGUGUAGAGUGCAAGGAAGUAGAUAUAUUUUACAAAUUAGUACGUGACCUUGAAGAUUUUUUUUUAUUGGGCUGCUAUACUAAGUGUCAGCAAAUGAACUUGCACUUUUAGGUUAAAAGAGUAGUUGUUUCUAGCAUUUUAAAAAAAACUUAAUUUUUUUUGAUGUUUUGCACACACAAAAUGAAUCCUAUGGAGCACCAUAGCAGUCUUCUAAAAUACUUCCUUUUUUGACUUACUGCAAGCAAGUAACCAUCUUCUCACUCCAGAAUAAAACUGAUGUUAUAAUUUGCAAAUACAAAGCACAUUGUGAAUAGAAAGGAUUAAGUCUGUGAGCUUCUAUGGUGGUGAAGCCUGUUAGUGGAUGUUAUCAGGAGAAAGCACUGUAGCCUUCUUGUGAUAACCUUAGCUUCCCUGUGCUUGUAAGGGAGUUAACUGAGUCAGCGCUGUAUGUUCUGGUUACCCCUGUGCUCUGUGUAGACUUUUUUUUUUUUUAAACAGCCCCAAGUGCUCUUUGAAAGAGUUCAUAUCUUUAGUCAGCCUUGUGUUGACAUCUUCCUGUAACUACAAGCAUUGGCAUACGGAUUUAAAUUUUUUCAAGACGUGAGAUAAUGGUGUUUGUUUUGUGUGGUGGAGGAAGAGAUCCCUGAUACUUACCUCUGGGAUGAGGUUUCUCACACUUACUUACUUUAGAAGUGAUGCGCUUUCUGAAGGACAAGGAUGCACUAAAUUAGCAAGUUUCUAAUAAAGUUGAAUAUAAAUUA